AUGCUUCCAAAGUGCGAUGUAGUUGUUAUCAACACGCCUCUCACUGAAAAGACAAGGGGAUUGUUUGACAAAAAUAGAAUUGCUAAGUUGAAGAAAGGUGUCUUGAUUGUUAACAAUGCUCGCGGGGCAAUUAUGGACACACAAGUAGUUGCUGAUGCUUGCUCUAGUGGACACAUUGGAGGUUACAGUGGGGAUGUUUGGUUCCCUCAACCAGCUCCAAAAGAUCAUCCAUGGCGCUACAUGCCAAACCAUGCCAUGACUCCUCAUAUUUCUGGAACCACCAUAAAUGCACAGUUACGCUAUGCUGUUGGAGUUAAAGAUAUGCUUGAGAGGCACUUCAAGGGUGAAGACUUUCCUCAACAGAACUACAUUGUGAAGGAGGGUGAAUUAGCAAGCCAAUACCGGUGA